UCUUUCAUAUCUUCUACGCUUCAGGAAACAGAGCACUGACACUAUACCAUGGAGAUUAUUCCCACUACAUACUAUGAAAACGUGAAGAGAUAUUGGAGAAGGAGAAGGUACCAGAGGCUGUAUGGAGACUGCAGCAAGAAGAAGAUGAGGGUUGCCAAGCUCGGGGGUGGACCGAAUGGGAGUACUAGUCCUACUCGGUCUUUCAAGAUCAGAAAGCUUCGAUUGAUUAGAUUUGUUUCGCCGAUAAAGCUCCUGUCCAAGUUCCAUGGUGGUUAUGUUGACAUGAUGGUUCGGAUGGCGGGCAAUGUUGGUGGAGCCAGAAGAGUUGCAGGAGGAUCAAAGAAGGUGGCGAAAGCGGAAGAUCAGGUUGUUUCAGUGGCGGCUUUAAGCGGUGAGGAGGCCGUUGACACUAGAUUGGUUUUGGAGAUUUAUAAGAGGUUGGCAGCUUCUCGCCAAUUAGCUUCCUACUGAAACGUACAGUGUGGCUAGCAAUUACGCAAGCAUGCAAAGUCAAUGUUUUUGAAAUUGUAAUAUAUGGUCUAUGUGAAUGGCCAAGUUGUUAGAACUAUUCCUCAAUUUUGGUCAUUCAAUUACUUAAUCAAUUUGAUUCUUUUUAUUAAUUA